AUGGGUCGCAUCGACCGGCUAACACAGCAGUUUGACCAAUUGGAUAAUGCAUUUGCUACAACUAACUUAGUUACAUCAAGAGAACAACGGAGAGAAGGACAAAACGUUACACCAGACUCUCUCCCUUCCCCAGCAGAACACACUACAGCUGGGAACAACCCGGCGAUGCAUGUCCGGGUAGACAAUAGUAAUUCACCAUCUUUAACUAUACCGGCUGGGCAACAGCAUGUGGAUUCACUUGCGAAUAGGGGCACUCCACUUGAAGGGACACUACAACCAGUACGGCAGUCGACCCCUUCGAUUAGUAAUUUUCUGCAAAGAAAAGAUUUUUUCAACAGUAGUAACAACGCUGUUGAACUACAACAGUCUAGCGAAGGUAGGAACAGUGACAUUGUAUUACUUAUUAACGAAUUUGACUACAAGUUGUUUAAGUGUAAGAAACUUCAAUUGGAAGUAGCCUACUUGGAAGAAUGUUUAAACAAAAAGAUAGUUCCGAAAGGACUACGUCAGUGGAGGUUCCCAGUAGGAUUAAUUAAGGGUUCAAGCCUCCAUAGUAAAUUACUUGACUUGUUUGAUAAACAAGCAUUCGAUUUUAUGCAAGUACUUAUAACACAUUACUUAGAACAAAUCUAUGAAUACCAAGUUGACUUAGAAAAACUGGAGGUUGACAUUAAGGAAAAUCAGGAUUUUCCUAGAUACAGGUAUGAAUAUACGAGAAUCUUCUCCAGUAUUGAAGCAACAAUGAAUAAGUUAUCUAAUAAUAAACAAAAGAAAAUUAAGAGAGACUUAUUCCAAUACACGAACUUGACUGCGUAUCCAAACCCUCCCUUGGUUACUCAAAUGAAAUAUAGUGUCAAAGUUAAUAACAAUUUAACAGAAAGAGGACAUCAUGACAGCAACGCAGAUUUUCCACCUGUGUUGGGAGCAUCUUCCCAACCGUUGCCAGUCGAUUGCCACCAAGAUGUCCCAGUGGAUCAAGUCUCUAAUAAUUAUGCACAACCUAAUGACAACAACAAUUACCAGGAGGCUGGUAACAAUAACAGACAAACACACAACAACAACCCUAAUGAAGCUCAAAAUACUCAGGGUUUUCGGCAAGGCCAGAACCCCCACCAGAGGAACUUGAGGUCCAACACCAACCAGAAUGGCCCGGGGAACAAGCGGAACCAGAGGCGGAGAUAG